AGAUCAAGAUGGAAUUUAUCGACAACAAGCUGCGGCGCUACACCACGUUCAGCAAGAGGAAGACGGGCAUCAUGAAGAAGGCCUAUGAACUUUCCACCCUAACGGGUACACAGGUGUUGUUGUUGGUGGCCAGUGAAACAGGCCACGUCUACACCUUCGCCACACGGAAGCUGCAACCCAUGAUCACCAGUGAGACGGGAAAAGCGCUGAUUCAGACAUGCUUGAACUCUCCUGAUUCCCCUCCUCGGUCGGACCCGACCACUGAUCAGCGCAUGAGUGCAACAGGCUUCGAGGAGACAGAUCUCACUUACCAGGUUUCUGAGUCUGACAGCAGUGGGGAAACAAAGGGUCAUUGGUCGGAGGAAGGAGCAACCGGCUGUUCAGGGCAGGAGGCAAAUACCACAGACCAGAAUCCCCCUGGUUCUGGAGAUCAGGACUCACUGAAACCUGCAUUCACAGUCACCAACUUGCCGGGGACGACGUCGACAAUCCAGACGGCACCCACCACCUCCACCUCCAUGCAGGUCAGCAGUGGCCCCACGUUCCCCAUCACCAACUAUCUAGCGCCAGUCUCUGCCAGCGUCAGCCCCAACACGGUCACCAGUGCCAACGGGACAGUGCUGAAGACCACUGGAACUAGUGCGGUGGCCUCCGGAGGGUUAAUGCAGAUACCCACCGGCUUCACCCUCAUGCCAGGUGCUCCACUCCCUCCUGGGACCCCUACCAUUCCUCUCACUCAGUUACAGCCACAUUCGCUGACCCUCUCUAGCCAGCAGGGCCAGGUGGCGUUGGCAGGUACACCUGGAGAGCUACAGCAGGCACAGCAGACAGUCUUCCGAUUUCCAGCCGCAGCCGGAGGGCAGAUUGUGUCUCUGACAGGUGGCGCAGUGGCUCAGCAAGUUCCUGUGCAAGCCAUCCAGGUGCAUCAGGCCCCGCAGCAGACGUCUCCUACGAGCGAUAGCAGUACUGACCUCACCCAGACAUCUUCCAGCGGGACAGUGACCUUGCCAGCUACCAUCAUGACUUCAUCAGUGCCAACCACCGUAGGAGGCCACAUGAUGUACCCCAGCUCUCAUACAGUGAUGUAUGCGCCAACUUCAGGCCUCACGGAUGGGGGGCUGGCCGUCCUCAAUGCCUUCUCCCAGGCACCAUCAGCAAUGCAAGUUUCACAUGGGCAGGUCCAAGAUCAGGGAAAUGUUGCUUACUGUGGAUCAUGGCUAAGCAGCCUGCCUUGUGAUUUUCGGUCUGGCAGGUGGAGUUCCUCAGGUGUUCCUUACAGCACCAUCAGGAACAGUUCAAAUCCCAGUCUCUGCUGUCCAGCUACACCAGAUGGCCGUCAUUGGCCAGCAGUCUAGCAGCAGUGCCAACUUGACAGAGCUGCAAGUAGUCAACCUGGACGCAUCACACAGUUCCAAGAGUGAUUGAGCAAAUAUGGGAGGACCUGGUUGCAGGAGAGGGGAGAAAGUGGGUACCUAGUACCCAAACCUGCAGCUGCUGCCACCUUCGGCUUUGUGCUGUGUGCAUGGCCCCAGGAUCUGCGUCACUCCUCAAGCUGCACCAGGAUCUCGGGGUUCCCUGUUUUUUUGUAUGGACUGUCACUUAUUUAUUGUUGCCUUUUUCACGUUUUUUCUUCUCUCACACUUUACACUGACACACAAACACAGUCACACACACACACACACAUACACACAGACUGUACACAAAUGCAUAUUAAAAGUGGCU